CAAAAAGAGAGAGAAUCAGAGACCGCUGCAGAAGAAGCAGAACCCACUCAAAUAAAUUCUCAUAUUUAAUUUUCACAGCUUCCAAGCUCUCUUUCUCUCUCCCCCACAAGCUUAUCAUCCUCAAUUCUUCAAACCCUAGCUUCGAUUCUUCAUCUAAUCUCAUGGGUUCUUCAUGUUUUCUGUUUUAAACUUCGAGAUCAACACAAAUUUUACAGCACAAAGAAUGGCGUCGUUGCUCACCUCAAGGUACCUGAUAACCCUCCUCUAUUUCUUGACCUUUUGCUUCAAAUCCCUAAUCGCAGACUCCAAUUCGUCGUUUUCUUUUAACAAUUUUGGAUCGAAUUCAAGUUUCGAGUCUGUUCUUGCACUUUAUGGCGAUGCAAAGGUUGUUAAUGGCAGUUCGUCUCUACAACUCACUGCUCCAUUAGUUUCUAGUGCUGGUAGACUGAUCUACAAAAACCCCAUCAAGUUCUAUAGUGGAAUUCCUAAGAAACUGGUGUCUUUCUCCACGUACUUUUCGUUUUCGAUGUGGUCGGAUUCGAGAAAUGGAGAUGGUUUAGCUUUUGUGGUGUUUUCAGAUGGGUAUCCUGUGGAUUUGUUUGAUGAUAGUGGUUCAUUUGGGCUGUCAAAUGGGGAUAGUUUCAAGUUCUUGAGUGUUGAAUUUGAUACAUCGAUGGAUUCUAAGUAUGGUGAUAUGAAUGGGAAUCAUGUUGGUAUUGAUUUAUCCAGCUUUGUAUCUUCGAAAGCCGCAAACCUAUCUUCUCUCAAUUUGGGAGUCAACAAUGGUAACAGAUUGCAAGUUUGGAUCGAUUAUGAAUCAAGUUCAAGAAGAUUGGAGGUCAGAAUUAGUAAAUUUGGGGAAACCCGGCCAUUCGAUCCGUUGCUAUUCGAACAAAUCGAUUUGCCUAAAAUCUGGCCAGAAAAUGAGGGGUUUUUCGUGGGAUUAAGUUCAUCAAAUGGAAAUUCAACGCAACUGUGUAAUGUGUAUUCUUGGAGCUUCAAAACAAGGCAAUCACCAGAUUGGAUGCAUUCUGAACCCUUGGAGCCUAUGGUUUUCAAAGAAAAGAAAGAAAAUGAGAUCAAGAUUCACAAGGAAAAUGAUUGUGUUAUGAGGAUUCUUUCUGCCCUCAUACUCGGGAUCGGAUUAGGAGCUUUAGGAAGCUUUAUCGGCAUGUUUAUAUGGACGAUAUUCGCAAACAAACGACCGAUUGCCCCCGAAGAAUAUGCUAUGACUGCUGUGGCCCAUGAUAAAGUCUCAGUAAAUGAGAAGCAAUAGGUAUGUGGUUUGGCUAGUCGAUUAGAUGUUAUUUCUUGUGAAUUGUAAAUGGAUUUUGGUUGUGGUGAUCCCUUUGUAACUGUGUUUUUGUUAUCUUGUUACGAUAUUUCGAUGAUGAAAUCGUCUGAAUAUUAGUGUCUGUUUGUUUCUAGUCAUGUUAUGAACAAGAUUUGAGCUUUGUUUAGUUUUC